AUGGAUUUUGUUUGGAGGAGAUUCGUUAACAGGCUUUGCUGUUCAUCCAUCAGAGCUCCUCCUCCCCUCACAAGGCAGCUCCAUGUUGGACAGCGAGCAUCCCUCAUCAAAACCUUUUGCUCUCAUGACUUGGAACUGUUUGCUGCUCUGACAGGUGACACCAACCCUGUCCACCUGGACCCAGCCUAUGCCAGUACCACCUGUUUUGGGAAACCCAUUGUGCACGGUGUCCUCAUCAAUGGCCUGAUCUCGGCCGUGCUUGGCACCAAGAUGCCUGGGCCCGGCUGUGUCUUCUUAUCCCAAGAAAUCCGCUUCCCGGCACCGCUGUAUGUUGGAGAGGAAGUACUGGCUGAAGCCAAGGUCCGUCAAAUCAAGAUGUUAUUUGCCUUCAUUACUGUGACGUGUUCUGUAAAGGACAAAGUGGUGAUGGAGGGGGAAGUGAUGGUGCGGAUGCCUGUGGGACAACGGCAAUAGGACUGAAAGGAGAAAGAAGAGACUAAGGCAAAUGGGACAGAACUGUAUUAUCACAUGUUGUAUGUUUAUAAAUGGUUUUCCCUACAGAUGGGGUUGGUUUGUCCAUAACUGACUUUUCUCUCAAGGGUGAAAACGUUGGCAGUAAAAAUUAAAAAUACUUCCCUAAACAAAA